AUGGCGGACGGUCGUAAUCUGCAGGAGCUCCCUACUAAACUACACUCUCAAGCAACAAGCUGGGACUCCUGUGGUACACAAAUCGACCCAAACAAGGACUUACCUAACGCAGACAACGGCUGGAGUGUCCCGAUGUGGAAAGCCGAGAUGCCGACCGCCAAAAACCAUGUGGACCGGUUGCUGCUAGUGGGUGCUCCCGGCGGGUGA